AGUCGUGCAUCUACCAUUUCCAACCCCUCGAACUUCCCAAUCUGUUGCGGUCGCUUUCUUUUCUUCUCAAUCUCUCCUACCUGAGAGAGAGAACUCGAUCAGCUUAGGUGAUUACCGGGAUCAAUUCCUGGGGAUUUCGAUUGAUCAAUUGAUUGAUACCUGCGUGCAUGGCUUCGGUCCUCGCCGAUCGGGGGAUCUUUGACUGGUGAUUUGCUUUUCAUUGUUUGAUUCGGGUUUUCGGUCGGAACUGAUGGACAAAGAUAUCCUCGAGACCUUCGAGGCCGCAAAGAAGGCGGCUGAUAAGGCGGCGGAGGCCGGCGAUGGGUCAUCGGAGGUGGAUCGGUGCGUGGACGCGCUGAGGCGGCUGAGGAGGAUUCCCGUUACUAUGCAGCAGUUGGUGGAAACUCAGGUGGGCAAACGUCUCCGCAGUCUUAAAAAACAUGUUAAUUCAAAGAUUCAAGCUGAGGCAUCUGUUUUGCUAGAAUUCUGGAAAGAUGUAGUCAUUCAGGAGACGUCAAAUUCUAAGAAAAAUGGUGGUUCUGAAAGUAAAAGUUCAGUAGAAGUUAAUAUCAAAUCUGAGAGAACAGAAACUUUCAAGAUUGACAGGACUCCAAAGGCUGGGCCUGUCAACAUGGAUAGGAUUUCAACUUCAGAAAGUCUCAAUUUUGUAAAGAAAGACGAGAACCAGGGUUCAAAUACAGAAAGGCACAAGACUGAGAAGAAUGAGAGCAGUGAAUCAGGAGGGUGUGCUAUCAAAGCUAACAGAAUCCCCAGUGGAAGUCAUCAAGCAUCUACUACCAAGAAGCCAUCAACAGUAUCAGCUGCUCCUCCAAAGCUGACAACGAUGAUCAAAUGUAAUGAUCCUAUCCGAGACAAACUUCGGGAACUUCUAGCAGAGGCGUUCUCAAAAGUUUCCUGUGAGACCAGUGAAGAUGAAAGAGAUGAAGUGAGAAAUAUACUGGAUGAGGUAAAUGUGUGUGAUCCCAUCCGAGUUGCAGUCAUGGUGGAGUCCGUGAUGUUUGAAAAAUUAGGCCGUUCUAAUGGUGCUCAAAAGCUGAAGUACAGAUCCAUUAUGUUCAAUUUGAAGGAUGGCAACAACACAGAUCUUCGAAGAAGAGUUCUCCUUGGGGAAGUGAAGCCUGAGAAACUCAUAGUUAUGACUCCUGAAGAAAUGGCCAGUGACAAGAGGAAACUUGCAAAUGAACAGAUUAAAGAGAAGGCUUUAUUCGAGUGUCAGCGGGAAGGAGCUGCUAAAGCUACAACUGAUCAGUUCAAAUGCGGUCGGUGCGGACAGCGGAAGACCACUUACUACCAAAUGCAAACCCGAAGUGCCGAUGAGCCGAUGACUACAUUCGUCACAUGUGUAAACUGCAACAACCAUUGGAAGUUCUGUUGAUUACAAAUUCAGCAGACUAUUUGCAGGAAGAUUUUCCAAAAAAUCCUGUUACCUGUCCUAUUUUGGGGCGCUUCUAUUCAUUCUUCGGAACUCAUUAGCAUUUUGUUGUUGGAUGCAUGUAACACCCGCCUGCAGUUUCAUUUUAGUUGCUUUAGUUUGGCAGCUGCUCACUGCCUCUAUCAUCAAGUAAAACGUUUGUGUUAGUAGCAUAUCGUGCCAAGUGUAACGUUUAUGUAUAUUAAGGUGUGACAAUCGAAUGUUUUGCAUUCAUCAGCA